UUUAUUGCUGUGAAAAUAAACUCAAUAAUCGACAGCUCACAUGUGGAGCUUGUGUUUCAUAAGACAUCUGUCUUUGUGUGCAUCUCCAUGUAGAGUGAAGAGCAGCAUGAGAUGGUACAUCCUGCGACAGAGAGAGAAACCAAACGAAACCCCCCCGAUCUCCCAUGAUUCCCCGGAGCAUGGCUGUGUUUUAGAGGACAGAGCUGCUGACUCAGUAUGAACAACUAUACAAGACUUCAGGAUUUACUUCAGAACUGAAAGAUCAGUUAGGACAGAAGAUUACAGCAGCGACUAAAUGUGUUCAGAUUUCUUUCUUCUAUCCAGUUUUUGUCUCUUUCUCAGUGUUUGUCUACUUCUCUUGCUCUUUUUCACUCCUCUUCACCCUUUUUCUUUUUCUGGCUACUUCUCAUUCCUUCUUCCUCCCUCUUUUCUUUUCCUCUCAGCCUACAAAUAGAGAGGGUUCUCUAAUAUAUAGACCUCCCUCAGGUCUCCUCCUCCUCCUCCUCCUCCUCCUCAUCCUCCUCCCUCACUCAUUCCUCCUUUUCUCAGCCAGCCCCAGAUAAGAAGGGAGCAGAAGUAUUUCUCUUUGGCCACUUCUGAAACUGGAGCCACCAGAGGAGGAUGUUUUCAUCUCUUUCAUUCUCCCAGUCAGUCUGGACGUUCACUACUCCACAUCCUUAAACGUUGAGUGGGUUUGGACCUGCACCUGGCACAUUAAGGUUAAUAAUAUCAUGAAAGACCUGCUCACGGUCAAACCAAUGGACCCAUCCUGAAAAAUCUUCACCAACAGGACGAACCCGACCAUAGAGGACAGAAUAAAGAAGCAGGAAGGAGGGAGAUGAAUCCCACUUAUUGACCAACGUAUCUGAUGUGAUUCUUCACCAAGUGAGGAGACAACCACAGGACAGGUGUUUCUGUUUCUACAUUUCUAAAAGAGAAGUUACGUCUUGAAGUUCAACAGAGCUAAAGACGCUUAAGGACUGAGGGUGCAGGAUCAGACCUCAUGGAUUGACCGGUAGGUGCAGACACACAGAUGUUUUCAUAAAGUUAAUUGGGGUCAAAGCGUGAAGGAGCUUCUCUUGACCCUCUUCGCACUGACAGGAAACACUUUAAAUCCAGUUGAAGAGAGCGUCAUGAAAGGUUUGAACCUCAGCGGGGGGCUGCUGGUGCUUCUGCUGCUUUGGACCUUCGUCGCUGAUGGUGUCGCGAGCGCAGAACGAGGAGGAGCUGGAGGAAGAAGAAGAGGAGGCAGCGGAGGCGGUGGCGGUGGAGGAGGAGGAGGUGCGGAGAAGAGAAGGAAGUUUCAUCGCAUCCAACACGGCCAGUGCAGCUACACCUUCAUCCUGCCGGAGCUGGACGGAUGCCAGGUCGGAGGAUCGCCUUCACAGACCGAGCAGUACGGCGCCUCUCGCGGCGGGGCCGGUGUCGUGCAGAGAGACUCGCCGCCGAUCGACGGCGAAUGGUCGGCUCAGAAACUGCAGCACCUGGAGAGCACAAUGGAGAACAACACGCUGUGGUUGCAGAAGCUGGAGAACGUCAUCCAGAAGAGCGCGAAGCCUGACGUCACUAACAUACCGUCCCACGUCGUUCACAACCAGACGGCCACCAUGCUGAAGAUCGGAACGAACCUCCUCACGCACACCGCCGAGCAGACGCGUAAACUCAACGUGGUGGAAGCCAAGGUGCUGAACCGCACGUCUAGAAUCGAGAUCCAGCUUCUGGAGAAUUCUCUGUCCACCAACAAGCUGGAGAAGGAGCUGCUGCUGCAGACCUCCGAGAUCAGUCGGCUACGAGACAAGAACAGUCGUUUGGAGAGUAAAGUCCAGAUGUUGGAGUCUCAGCAGAGAGGAGAACUGGAGGACAUGAAGGAGGAGAAGAACAGACUGCAGUUUGUCAUCAGGACUCAGAUUGAAGCCAUCGGGUCUCUAGAGAAGCAGCUGAGAGUCGCCAGCAGCAACAACACGGCUCUGCAGAGACAACAGGCUCAGCUGAUGGAAUCAGUUCACACGCUCAUUACCAUGGUGGCUACUACUACAGGGUCUCCUCCCAGGGACCAGAUGUGGAGGGACUGUGCAGAUGUUUAUAAGGCCGGUCACUCUGUCAGUGGACUGUAUAACAUCUACAUCAGUAACAGGACUGAACCUGUACAGGUGUUCUGUGACAUGGAGACGAGCGGUGGGGGAUGGACGGUGUUCCAGCGGCGGUUUAACGGCAGCGUUGACUUCCAGAGGAGCUGGAGAGAAUACAAGAUGGGGUUCGGGGACGUGUUUGGGGAGCACUGGCUGGGUAACGAGGUGACGUACCUGCUGACCAGUCAGGGUCAGUACUCUCUGAGAGUGGAGCUGAAGGACUGGGAGGGAAACCCCGCCCACGCCCAGUACGACCGGUUCACACUGACCAGUGAGAGGCAGCAGUAUAGGUUGUAUCUGAGAGGUUACAGCGGGACGGCAGGGAGGCAGAGCAGCCUGGCGAGCCACGGUACCGGCUUCAGCACCAGAGACCAGGACAACGACAACUGUGACCACUGCAGAUGUGCCCUGAUGCUCACCGGAGGUUGGUGGUUUGACGCCUGUGGAUUCUCCAACCUGAACGGUAUUUACUACGCCGUCGGCCACAACAUCAGGAAGCUCAACGGCAUCAAGUGGCACCACUUCAGAGGCCCCAGCUACUCCCUACGCUCCACCUCCAUGAUGGUACGACCCUACGACUUCUAACAACACCCCUCCACCUCUGUCAUGGUACGACCCUACGACUUCAAGCAACACCCCUCCACCUCCGUGAUGGUACGACCCUACAACUUCUAACAACACCCUUCCAUCGCCGUCAUGGUACGACCCUACGACUUCUAGCAACACCCCUCCACCUCCGUCAUGGUACGACCCUACGACUUCUAACAACACCCCUCCACCUCCGUCAUGGUCCGACCCUACGACUUCUAGCAACACCCCUCCACCGCCGUCAUGGUUCGACCCUACGACUUCUAACACCCCUCCACCUCCGUGAUGGUAUGACCCUACGACUUCUAACACCCCUCCACCUCCGUGAUGGUAUGACCCUACGACUUCUAACACCCCUCCACCGCCGUCAGGGUACGACCCUACGACUUCUAACA